AUGUUAGACGAGAGCGGAGGUAGGAAUUGUUGCAGUGCAGAAGUUGGUGUAGCACACUGCGUAAGUAACGAUGCCAAGAGGAAUAAUAUCGCUAACGAAUAUCACAGCGCCGCUGUAUGCGAAUCAAAAUUUGAAAGGAUUAGAAGUAAGUCAGAGUGGAACAAGAUGCCUGGAGCGCCACGAUUCACGCAGAAACCAUCUAUUCAACAAACUCCUCAAGGAGAUUUGUUAAUGGAAUGCUGUUUAGAGGCUGAUCCACCUCCCAGUAUUGUAUGGUACCAUGCUGGCACUCCAAUUCAUGCUGGGCCUCGCGUAGAAUUUAUACUUACAAACUUGCAGUCUAAUCUUUAUAAGGCAAUUUUAAUUAUUAAGUGCUGUAUAGAAUCCACUAAUCUAUUCAUUUAUUUAUCAAAAUAA